UGAUGUAGAGAAGAAUAUAUAGCUUAAAGAAUAGUUUGAGAAAAGAUGGAUAGUAAAUUUAACAAAUAAGGUUGAUGGAUCGUUAGAAUUAGAUUUAUGUAUAUAUACAAAAUUAGGAAUUGAGACUUGUAUAAUAAAAGUGGAAUAAGUAGUUUUAUUUUGACUGGACGAUUGAUAAUGAAAGGCAUCUCAUGAUUAUGAAAAAAACUUUUACUAAUAUGCAUAAAUUAUAUAUUGAUUUAUAUAAGAGAAGUGAAACAAUUGAGGUUGAAGAUAAUUUGUAUCUUGUUCAACGAAUAGUAAAUGGGUAAACCAAUUUAUAUAUAUAUUUGGAGUGAAAGUUUCACUAUAGAUUUUUUUAAUAGAUAAUAGUGCUGUGAAUAAAUUCUGUUAGAUGAAAUAAGUCUUAAACUGGGUUUCCUGCACAUUUACCACUGCUAAUAGACCAGAAUGUAAUGCAUUUGAGUAUAGUUUAGUUGGUUGGAAAUAAAAUUAGUAUUUUCAUAAUCUUACAUAACCUCACAAUAAAUAUAUUAGAUCCAUCGAAGUACAAGUCUAAUUAAUGAAUAAUUUUUUUUCAGAAUAUUUAACACUUUUUUUUAACAAAUCCACUCUAUCUAAUCAAACAUUUAAUGAAUAUAAACAAAAAUUCAUUUAUUUUAUAUUCAUUUUAAUUUAAUUACGUUCAGAGAUUUUUUGCAUAGAAUUAAGAUGA